CAAAUAUUUGCUCGGGGCCGUCCCGGAGCUCCAGCGGCCCGGGGACGCGGGGCCGCCGCCAUGCAGCCCGUGCUGGGGGUCCUGCUCGCCCUGGCCGCGGCUCUGGGCUCAGGCCACCGUUCACCCCUCAAUGACUUCCAGCGCCUGAGAGCCACCGAGCUGCUGGCGGUGCCCGUGGACCCACCGCCACCGCUGCCGGAGCAGGGCACUGCGGAGCAGUGUGCCCAGCGCUGUGCCACCAGCCUGGCUUGCCGGGCUUUCCACCAUGAUCAGCAGAGCCAGUUGUGCCAGCUGCUGCCCUGGACCCAGCACUCACCCCACAUCCAGCUGCAGAAAAACAUCCGCUAUGACCUGUACCAGAAGAAAGACUACCUGCGGGACUGCAUCGUGGGCGAUGGCUCCAGCUACCGCGGCACACGGGCCACGACGGAGAAGGGGCUGCGCUGCCAGCAUUGGCAAGCCACGACACCACAUGACCACAGGUUUCUGCCAUCCCCUCGCAAUGGGCUGGAGGAGAAUUACUGCCGAAAUCCUGACCGGGACAAGCGGGGCCCGUGGUGCUACACUGUUGAUCCCAAUGUCCGACACCAGAGCUGUGGCAUAAAGAAGUGUGAGGAUGCUGUCUGCAUGACCUGCAAUGGGGAGGACUACCGUGGCACUGUGGACCACACCGAAUCAGGGACAGAGUGCCAGCGCUGGGACCUGCAGCACCCACACAAGCACCCCUACCACCCCAACAAGUACCCUGACAAGGGGCUAGAUGACAACUACUGCCGCAACCCUGACAGCUCUGAGCGGCCUUGGUGCUACACCACUGACCCCAGGCGGGAGCGUGAAUACUGCCACAUCCGCAUCUGCACAGAAAAACGCCCACGGCCUGUCAAUGUCACCAAUGGAUGCUUCAGGGGCAAGGGGGAAGGCUACCGUGGCCGUGUGAAUGUUACUGUGUCGGGGAUCCCCUGCCAGCGCUGGGACUCCCAGGUGCCCCAUAAGCACCACUUCAUGCCCAGCAAGUACCCAUGGACCUGCAGGAGAACUACUGCCGCAACCCUGAUGGAUCAGAGGCACCGUGGUGCUUCACUUCCCGCCCCACUGUCCGCAUUGCCUUCUGCUUCCACAUCCGCCGCUGCCCUGAUGAGCAGGAUGCCCAAGAGUGCUACCACGGCCACGGCAAGCACUACCACGGCCACGUCAGCAAGACACGGAAGGGAAUCACCUGCCAGCCCUGGGCUGCCCAGACACCCCACGUGCCCCAGAUCUCACCUGCCACACACCCUGAGGCACACCUGGAGGAGAACUACUGCCGCAACCCUGAUAAUGACAGCCAUGGCCCCUGGUGCUACACCAUGGACCCCCGCACCCCCUUUGACUAUUGUGCUAUCAAGCCCUGUUGUGAGCCCCUUCCCACAUCCCUGCAGAGCUAGAGGGGACCUUAGCCACACACAGGGUAGUUUUGGUCCCCUCAGGGUGGCUGGAUCAUGUGCCAGUGCCACCCCUCUGUUUUCUCUCUGCAGCUGGCAGCACGGUGCCCCCCAUCAUGGAGAAUAUGCAGUGACAUUUGAGCAGUGUGGCCAGCGGGACGAGAGGCUGCAGCAGAAGGGGCGCAUCGUUGGUGGCCAGCCCGGCAAUUCACCCUGGACUGUCAGCAUCCGCAACCGGGAGGGUGUGCACUUUUGCGGCGGAUCCCUGGUGAAGGAGCAGUGGGUGAUCAGCACUCGCCAGUGCUUUUCCUCCUGCAAUGCCGACCUGACGGGCUAUGAGGUGCAGCUGGGGACUCUCUUCAAGGACCCUGGCCCUGGGGACCCUGACCAACAGACCAUCCCCAUCGUGCGGAUCGUCUGUGGCCCCUCCGAGUCCCAGCUGGUGAUGCUGAAGCUGGCGAGGCCAGCUACUCUGACCAGGCGUGUGGCCCUGAUCUGCCUGCCCCCCGAGCGCUACGUUGUGCCUGCGGGCACUGUCUGUGAGAUCGCUGGCUGGGGGGAAACCAGAGGCACAGCAGAUGGCAGCGUGCUGAACGUGGCGCAGCUGCCAGUGCUGGCCCACAGCGAGUGCAAUAGGGCUCUGCGUGGGCGCCUGAAGGAGAGUGAGCUGUGCACUGCCCCGCUGCGUGCCGGCGUGGGUGCCUGUGAGGGUGAUUAUGGUGGACCUCUGGCUUGUCUCACCGCUGACUGCUGGGUGCUGGAGGGGGUGAUCACCCCCUCCCGUGUGUGUGCCCGCACUGAUCAGCCUGCCCUCUUCAUCCGUGUUUCCCUCUAUGUUGACUGGAUUGACAAGGUGAUGAAGAUGGGUUGAGCUGGCAUUCCCAGCCUGCCACAGCCACCACUGCACAAUAAAGGCACAGCCUUGGCCACAGGGGUCGGCACUGCA